AUGCAACAGAAGCAUGCAGAGGAGAUUGCGACGCUAAAGGCGGAACGAGGUCGCAUCGAACAGUCUGCUCAGCACGCGGUGUUAACUACCGAACGGGAUAGCAACCACGAGAAUGAAAACGAUGGAAGUCGUAAUCAACAACCAUCUCAGCACACAAACCCGAACGGUCGAGAAAGAAGGGAACCAACACCCUUGCGAACCGUCCGGCCUACAAGUUUACUCCCUUUUACGGUGACCAUCAUGCAAACUCCAAUGCCCGAAAAGAAUCCUCCUACAUUAGAGAAAUAUGAUGGCUCGACAGACCCCGACAAUUAUCUCAGGAUCUUCAUCAAUGCAAUGGCGUUCUACACGGACAAUGAUCCAAUCAUAUGCAGGGCCUUCUCCUUAUCACUCAAGGACGAGGCAUUGAAGUGGUACAACACUCUUCCUCCCAACAUAGUGGAUUGCUUUGCCACUGAAGAAACCCUCUUUAGGAGACAAUACACAGCCAAUCGGAGACAGGAGAUAACACCGACGAAAUUGGUAAACACAAAACAAGAAAAUGACAAAACUUUGAAAGCCUUUAUGAAAAGGUAUAAUGAAGUCGUACGACGAGUUAAAGAUGUUAAUCACACUUUUAUCAUCAGCAACCUACCUUCAUGCCUAAGGCCAGGAUAUUUUGCUGAAAAAAUAUAUGUGCGACCUCCAAAAACAAUGGAUGAACUUCUGGAAAGGAUAGACGAGUUUGUCCGUAUGGAGGACAUGAGGAGCUCAAGGAAAAAACAACAACAGGAAGCUUCUGCAUGCAGUAGCGAGAAAGGUAAGGUCCCUCGUUCGAAGGAUUUUUCCCGAACGCCCAGGUUUACUUACUAUACAACGCUUAAUGCGCCGAGAGCAGAAAUUCUGAAUGAAGCCCUUAAUGUUGACCUCCUCUCGGUCAAAAACGUUGUUACACCUAGAAACACGGAUGGAAGGAAGCAUUGCCAAUAUCAUCAGAAUCGGGAACAUACUACUCAAGAGUGUGUAACACUAAAAGAUGACCUCGAGAAGCUUAUCCGGGAGCGUCAUCUUCGUAAAUAUGUGAAGCAAGAGAAAACACAAGUGAGAAGUCCUGCACGAGAAAGUCCCGAACCGUCAUAUAGAAAAGAGGAACGAAGACGCAGGCGAAGUUGCAGCCGUAGUCAUAACCCUGACCGCAUAACAAAAAGCCCUUCGUAA